ACACCGAACCAGCUCCCACUUUUUGGACUCCGCCCGUUAUCAGCCCUCACGCCUCCAGUCCGGCUGUGUCCUCCUCCCCGUGCUCCUCCUCUUCACUCUCUUAAGCCUUCGACGAAAGUUUGGUGCUUAGAAAUCUUUAUUUGAAUUUUAAAACCGAUUUAAGUUGAGGGGGAGCGUAUCAUGUGAGGGUGUGUACAGGCGGAAUGUCGGAUUCAUGCGGGAAGAUGGACGUCCGCUAGUAGCAAACGAUUCAUCAUCAGAGCUGCUGUUUUCCUGCUAGAAGUGAUCCUUGCUGUUGAGCCAUGGCUCGUGGCUGCAUCUGCUGUGUGAAGUACAUGCUCUUCCUCUUCAACCUGCUCUUCUGGCUGGGCGGCUGCGGAUUGUUGGGGGUCGGUUUGUGGCUUUCGGUGUCCCAGGGCAGCUUUGCCACCCUGUCACCCUCCUUUCCUUCGCUCUCUGCCGCCAACCUCAUCAUCACCCUUGGCACCGUUGUCAUGGUGACGGGUUUUCUGGGCUGUCUGGGCGCCAUCAAGGAGAACAAGUGCCUGCUGCUGAGUUUCUUCAUAGUGCUGUUGAUCAUCCUGUUGGCUGAACUCAUCCUCCUCAUCCUCUUCUUCGUCUACACAGACAAGGUGGGUGAAAACGCCAGACGGGACCUGAGAGAAGGUUUGCUUCUGUUCAACACCGACAACAACGCCGGCCUGAGGGAUGCGUGGAACGCCAUUCAGAGAGAUUGGAAGUGCUGUGGUGUGGUGAACCAGCACGACUGGCACACGGCCCUGCACGAGAACGUCCUUCCUGACAGCUGCUGCCAGCAGGUCCAUCCUGGCUGUGGACGAAACGCCUCCAGCACCUCCUGGACAAGAGGUUGUUAUGACAAAGUAGAGGAGUGGGUAGAUGAUAACAAACACCUGCUGGGAACUAUCGCUAUGUGUGUGUUAGUCAUGCAGCUCCUUGGUAUGGCAUUCUCCAUGACACUCUAUCAACAAAUCCACCGAGCAGGAAAGAAGUACAAAGCCUGAUAGACCUAACAUAGUCUCAGAGGAGAUUGGUGGGGAGCAUCUGCCAACUCUGGCAUGUUGGCUACUCCCUUCACAAUAAGAGUCUAAAGCUUGGUUUAUGCUUGACGCGUUCACUUUCCGCUUGGUGAUGCGGCUCGCGGAUGGAACGCGCUUCACAACUUGCAGCGUUUAUGGUUCAUGCGGCUCGUCUCUGCGGUGAGCCAAUAUUCUCCCAAACUGUAGGGGGCAGCAUGGAGCUCUACGGCAUGCAUCCAACACUACACCACAGUAAAAGUAGAAAUGACUGUUUACAACAUGGCAUUCCAGCAUUUUUAACAGCGUCCUCGUCUUUUCCGACAGUGCGAGCUAUUUCUCUCCAAGAAUUAUUAACAACAUGUUGAUCACGGUGAUCUCUGAGAGCUGAAUCAUACAAAUGUCUGUAUUUACCAACCUCUGCCAUACUAGUUCUUGCCGGUCCGCCAUGUUUUUCCGUGUUCGACCGUCCGCGUGGAUAGAAAAUUUCCUAGGUGCGCGGUGCGGAAAGUUUGGGCCGUUCGGAAGCGCGGUGGAGGGGCGUGGUUGUUAAAAUGACGCCAUUUUACCACGCAGACCUCGCGGACGCGUCAAGCCCAAACCAAGCGUAAGACACGUAAAGCCUAUAGAAUCCCCCGAACCCUGGGUAGUUUACUUUAAUCAACCCCCCCACAGAGGGGCACUGGUACAUCUUAUUAAACAUUUAAAUAUCCGUUAGCGAUGAUAACAAUAAUCUAUGCACUCUGUUACUGUUGUGAAUAGCUUUAGUUUUUUUUUACAAUAAGCCUCAAUUAGCAAAUGAUCUGAUGUCUAUAUGAGAACAAUUUAAUAGAUUUGGUUUAAAAUACUGUGGAAAGUUUAGAUACGUGUUGUAUUUUAACAUUUUUAAUAAAGUUUUCUCAAACAUGAAAA